CUAGGUAAAGGCUGCCGUAGUGUCAUCCCCAUCCCGCGGUGUUGAGACGGUUGUCAUUCCUUUUCGGUUCGAGGGAACACAUCAUCUUUUCACGAGCACAACUUGCAAGCUAGCAGGCUAAAGGCAGCUCGUCUCGGAGCAAACCCUCCCAUCGGGUUAUCUUCCCGACGGACCGACUUUAUGCGCCGUUUUAUCCGAGGCGUUUGAGUGUGUCGGCGCUGGACCAGGCGUCGGUGGGAAAAUGUCCUCUUUUUCACAGAGGAUUUCUCCUGCCCUGGUGUUGCUUCUCUUCUCAUCUGCCGUCGCAGCGCAAGAAGAGUCCUUCCUGCUGGAUGGGUGGCGUGAUGUGUGGCUUUUUCGUUUCCUGGUAAACGUUCUGGGAUACUCGACCAUCAUUAUCCCUGGCUACCUCCUGAUCCGCUACCUAAAGCGCACCAACUACUUAGACACUGGUAGUGGCUGCUGCUAUCCAGUCAUCAAGUCCUGCGUGUUUGGAACUGAAGCAAAGACGGGCCUGUUAGAUGAUGUGUCCGUCACCUCCAGGCACGAGGGGGAUUCGGGCUCGUCGCUCCGACAGGCCGUUCACCUGAUCUUUUGUGCUGGUGGACUUCAGGCGUCAUACCUGACAUGGGGAGUCCUACAGGAGAGGGUCAUGACCCGUUCCUACGGCGCCUCAACUCCAGAGGAGGAAGGCGAGCGAUUCAAGGACUCUCAGUUUUUGGUCUUCAUGAACCGGAUUUUGGCCCUGACCGUUUCGGGCCUUUGGUGUCUCCUGUUCAAGCAGCCCCGCCACGGCACGCCCAUGUACAAGUACUCCUUCGCCUCACUCUCCAACAUCAUGAGUAGCUGGUGCCAGUAUGAGGCGCUCAAGUACAUCAGCUUCCCCACUCAGGUCCUGGCAAAGGCCUCCAAGGUCAUUCCUGUCAUGCUCAUGGGUAAGGUCAUUUCUCAGAAGAGCUACGAGUACUGGGAGUACCUGACAGCUGCGCUUAUCUCCGUGGGCGUCAGCAUGUUCCUGCUGUCCAGCACUGUCAGCAAGCACUCGUCCACCGUCACCACCUUCAGUGGUGUGGUCAUCCUGGGGGGCUACAUCAUCUUCGACAGCUUCACCUCCAACUGGCAGGACAACCUGUUCAAGUACAAGAUGUCGUCAGUCCAAAUGAUGUUUGGGGUCAACUUGUUCUCGUGCCUCUUCACCAUGGGCUCGCUGCUGGAACAGGGCGCCUUCUUCGACUCGGUGGCGUUCAUGGCACGCCACUCAGAGUUCGCCUUUCACGCCGUGCUGCUGUCCGUCUGCUCGGCGUGCGGCCAGCUCUUCAUCUUUUACACCAUCAACCAGUUCGGCGCCGCUGUCUUCACCAUCAUCAUGACCCUGCGCCAAGCCAUCGCCAUUCUCCUUUCCUGUUUCCUUUAUGGACACGCCGUCACAGUGGUUGGCAACUUUGGCGUCGCCGUGGUGUUUUUCGCUCUAUUUUUGCGGGUGUACGCCCGUAGUCGGAUGAAGUCGGGGCGGCGACAGGCGCAGCCGCUGGCGCAGAAGGUGUAGGAUUUGCACCGAACUGAGAACUUAGACCACGUUUUCUGUGGUCCUUUUUUUCAAAUGGCUCACAUGUAUUGUUUUUGUGUCUAUUAGGUAAUGAAAGGGAUUUUUUUGGUCUUUUUGUGCCUCCAAGGGGUCCAUGUGAUUUGAAAGCUGUUUCACGACCUGCCUCUACAGUCACAAGAUGUCCUUCUCCCUUAACAGCCACGUGUGGUCACUGCUAGUUACUGAGAAUACACUACUCACUCAGUUAUGGAUAUUUGUCUUUCUGGUGAAAAUUCAGGAUGAACCCAAAAUGUGCUAUAACCUCAACAGGCAAACUUUUGAGUACCCAAACGCAGCAUACCUACCGGAAUUGUUGGAAAUUACUUGAAUAAUCACUUUAUUAGCAACUGUGACGGGUCACCUCAAAGCCAUGAUACAGAGCAGUCAGCUUCACAGUUGAGAGGGUGAGGCCUUGAGGACUUGAAAUUUUCUAGGGCCAAAAUCGUGCAAUACUCCAUAAUCCAAAGAUAGUAGGUCAAGAAUCUUAAUUCUCAAUUCACAGACAGAAGGACAGGGAAACGCUCACUUUGUUGUCUUUGUAGCAGAAUCCACAACAGCCAGGGGGACCGGGAAACAAACAUGCUAAAGCAGAACUCGAGGUCAGAGGUAGAAGGCUGGGGUAACAGCCACAGGAACAGGCAAACUUGAUAUGGUAGAACUCGUGGUCAGGGGUGGAUUCGCAGGGUAGCGUCUUGCAUGGAUGGCACUCGAACACUGACAAUGAUUGCGUCAUCAAUAAAGCCUUAAAUAGGGGGGUGUAGCUGACUGUGGCGGACAGAUUGUGAUUGGCUGACAGAUUGGCUGUCUUGGUAGACUGUGACAUCACUAUUCGCCCGAAAUCAGCUCACCCAUGACCAUAGUGAGGAUAAGCAGUAUAGAAAAUGGAUGGGUGAGUGUCCAACUGUUCAAUGUUGAAGUACUUUUUGGGUCUGGGUCGAAAUGCAAACAGCAUGACGAAGAGGAUUGUUUAAAUACCAAUUGUAAUUGGACCGAAAAAUGUAUUGGUCCAUUCAUGGAUCAAAUACCUGCCAUUCAGCCCUUUUGAAAAGCGCAUGUUGUCCAAAAAAUUACUGAAACAUUAGACAUUUAAAAGUUAAAAUAAGGUCAAAUUAAGUUCACCUGUGAAAGUUAUUGGUUUUAGUUUCAUCCUUUAAAUUUCACUCAAAAGCCGAAUAGCCAUUUUCGUGAGUAGUGUAUGUGAGCUUUAUGGCUAAAACAGUUAAAAAGUUAAUGACAUUGCCCUUACUUUACUUCAUACUGAACAUUUAAACAAGAUGGUCAAUAUCAUAAAAUACUGUCUUUCUGUCACAGUCGCCAGAUGUGCUUCCCAUAUGGAGAGUGAGUGGUCUUUUGCGUCAUAAGGUGGGAUUUUAUACUAUAAAACUGCACUAUAGCUUGAACAUACUACACAUACUCAAUUGAUACUUUAUUACAGGUGUAAAUACAACUACACGAUCUAGUGCAGAAUUCUUUUUUGCUCUAUGUUGUGGGCCCCGAGCCUCUGUGUGCCCACUAAUUGGUACAAUUCUGGGCCCUUGAUGUGACCAAAAGUUUUAAGUUAUUUUUACGCUGCAUUAUUUUUAAGACACUUUUUUUUUUUUUCUUUAAAAUUGUCUUCACAAUACAGUCAACUUCAAAUUAUUUUAAUAUAUCUUUAAAGCUAAUUAUAGCCACCUUGACUGUUGCACUGCAUCCUCUGUGUUCAACCUCUCCAUGCGAAUGAUUAUGAUCAAUAUGUGGGGACAAACCUCAAAACACAUUCAAGGGGUAAUACAGUGUAAUGUUCUGUUACUAAUGGUAAGUGGAUUAUUAAUAAAAUACCUAUUAAUAUAUAAUGCCGUUCUCUUUAAUUUAUAAAGAAUGGGAUCCUAAACCUGCCGUUGUUGGGUAUUGACACGUUACAGUAUAAAUAAGGAAGCACAACAUGGAUAACAAGGUAAACUGAAAGGCUAUUUCAACACUGCUGGUGGAAUGAAAUAUUCAAAUUGAAAAUCUUUAUUAAUUCAAUUAUUGUGUAUGGCCUCCGUGUGCCUGAAAUGGCAGUGGUAAAGAAACAACAACAAUGCAAUUGGAUUUCUUUUGUAAGCAUACGUAAAUGAACGACAUAGAAGGGACUAUAUAAAAUGUUGCGUAGGUCGCCACAUUAGUUAGGGCUGGAUCUGGAUACUGCAGAUGUAUAUUAGCUGCUGUUGUGGUUGGCUGAAGCAUUUAGAGAGGGGGAGGAAAAAAAACUGGUAACAUUUGACAAUAAUGUGAAUGACAUAAUAGUUACAUAAAUAGUAAUAGUAAGCAAGAAACUGAUAUCCUGGAAGUCUGCUGAUUAUGUGUUGUCCUUUUAAAAAAAAAAAACACUUUUUUU